AUGAAGGAAAAAUUGUGGCCAUCAAUUGCACGAAUGGCUCAUGCGAAUAAAAUUAGUACACAAAAUUUAAUUGAUGAUAUUCAUGAAAAAAUUUGCGAAGAGACUUGGGGUCAGCAAAAGAUAACAAUAUCAUUCUUAUGUCUUCUACUUCAAAAGUUUGUGCCAAUAUCAUCGUCAUGUCUUGAAACAUUCGUUGAGUUUCUUGUUCAUGAUAAUAUUGAAUUACGAAGAUACGCUACAAUAGGUAUUACAGCAUUUUGUCGUUUACAAAAACCACCUCGACUCUAUGUCGAAAAAUCUCUUGAAGAAAUUCUUCAUAAGAUGGAUAAACCACUACCCGCUAUGAUGAAUGAUGAAUAUUGUCCGGGUGAUCGUGAUGAUAAUUUAUGGGUAACAAUCGAUGAUUAUAAACCACCUAAGACGCAGAUUGAAUGGGAACAAACAUGUUUUUUGGAUAAAUCGUUUCAUGGUUAUUAUACCUGGCCGAAGAUGAUCAAAUAUGCAGUGAAUAAACAAGAACGAUACACACUAAAUAAUAUACCGGAUAACGUGACUAUUUUAUAUGAUCGUUUUAUUGACAAGAAUUUUGUAGAACGAGUGAUACAAUUUAUGAUUCUGGACGAAGACGAAGACGGUAGCGAGAUAAAUUUUGAUAAAACUCAAUUUGUCAUGUUCAAAGAGAAUAAAGAUCCUCGUCGUAUAUAUCGACUCAUUCAUUUUAUUCGUACAUUGAUCAAUACAAAAACAAUGUUGAAUACAUUCAAUGAAAUAUCUCGCUGGACUUUAAUAACAAAUCUAAAUGAAUUUCAAUGGCGUAUUCCAUCUAUUUGGUGUGAGAUUAAUGACUAUGCCAAAGAAUUUCUCGAUCAUCCAUACAAAAAUGUACGAGAAAGUAUUGCCAGUAUAUUAUCAAUAUCAAUUAGCUUUGAUAUAACGUUGUUCAAUGGAAAAUCGACACGUCACCCUAAUACUAGUCAAUUUAUCGAUACUAUAUGUAAACGAUUGCGUCAAGCUAUUGAAGUUUAUGAAAGGACAUCAUUAAGUGUUUUGGGACUCUGUGCCAUUGUUCUUUCAAGUCCAUAUGACAUUCCAAGUUAUGUACCAGAUGCAUUGAUGCUUCUCUGUGAACAUUCGCAUGAUCCCGAUAUAAUACAAAAAUCGAUUAAAAACUGUUUGUCAGAAUUUCGUCGUACUCAUCAUGAUUCAUGGCAUGAACAUCGAGAACAAUUCACUGAAGAUCAACUGGCAGUUUUGGCUGAUGUACUCAUAUCUCACAGUUAUUAUGCUUAA